UAGAUACUGGAACAGCAGAUUGAGACGGGCUACAACUGAUAGCCUUUUUGCACCACAGACUAAACGCAGAAGCUAAGCUAACACGCGGCGCGUCGCAGCUCUUUGUACAGCAGGGUACAUGGGAAUGAUUUGAGCGAGGGGAUUCGCCAUCGCCCGCUGCAACAGUGUCAUAAUGAGCUGACAGCGGUUUUGGACCAUACUGACACAAAGGAUUAUUUUAUUAGUGGACCUUCGUGGGAAGAUGCUUCUUUAAAGGAUGCGGUAAUACUCACGUCAGUGCCUGCACCAAGUCUAAUGACGCUGUCAGUCUUAUUUUAAGGAUUCAUAUCGUAGGAAUCCCCGUUGAACACUGGCCUUUUCUGGAGGUCAUGGGCAGCUUUCUGAUAUACUGCUGUUUUGCCUAUUGAAUCAGGAUAAAAACAGCAUUGUUACGAUUUUGAUUAGGCUAGGCAAAAUUUGCGCUAGAUAUUUUUUUUUAUUUCGUAAAAUAAUGAACUCGUUACUUUUUGCCGAUGCAGCGCCAACCACUGGGGUUGCCGUUGUUCCCGUUAGCAGAGCCUCAACCACUGGUUCCGGCGGGGUUCCCAGUGCUCUGCGGAACGAUUUGGGCUCCAAUAUUCAUGUCUUGAAGACUCUGAAUCUCAGAUUCCGUUGUUUUUUGGCAAAAGUGCAUCAAUUGGAACGGAGAAACAAAUUAUUAGAAAGCCAACUGCAACAAGCCUUGGAGCAGACGCGCUAUAGAUCCCUCUAUGCGCGUGAAACAGCGGUCCAAACCGACGUCACGUCGGAACCCAUUCAUUCCCGGCUACCUGGUACCAUCUGGAGUUUCACUCAUGUAAGAAGACAAGGGGAGCGAUUGGAAACGCUUCAGGGCCCUGGUGUUAGCUGGACGCACCCGGACGGUGUUGGGGUUCAAAUCGAUACCAUCACACCAGAAAUAAGAGCGCUUUAUAAUGUGUUGGCCAAAGUCAAGCGAGAACGAGACGAGUACAAGAGAGAAUGGGAGGAGGAGCUCUCCAGGAGACAGCAGAUGGAGGCCAUGGUGGAGGCCCUGCAGGAGAGCGCCCAGGAGUCUGAGGUCGUCCAGGAGGAGCUGAGUGAGAAGGUAGACAGACUGAAGGCUGAGCUGGUGGUCUUCAAGAGUCUUAUGAGUGAAGGCACUCGGCAACAGUCCUGUGCAGGGGAAAACUUCAUUUUAAACCCAAAGGUCCUACAGAGGAAGCUGCGCCUGAAACAAAUGUCUGACCUGGACACACAGAUCCAGGAGAAGGCCAUGAAGGUGGAUAUGGACAUCUGCCGGCGGAUUGACAUCACGGCCAAGUUGUGCGACGUGGCCCAACAGCGCAAUUCUGAGGACAUGUCCAAAAUGUUCCAAGUCAGCCCGUCCAGAGCCCCACCGGACAGGGGGGCAGUGUCGCGCAGGAGGAAGGAGCGGAAGGUAGUGUCGGAUGAGGACAGCUCAGAGAUGGAUGCCGACCCCAGCACCUCCGAGGAGGAAGUGACCGGAUCCCUCAACAUCACAGACGAGAUGAAGCGCAUGCUGAACCACCUGAGGGAGACCUUUGACAUUGACGAUGACUGUGACAGUCUGUCCUGGGAGGAGAAUGAGGACACCCUGCUGCUGUGGGAGGACUUCACCAACUUCAACACCCCGUCGGGCAUCUGCGCGGCUGCUGGGGCAGCCGACGGGGAAGGCCAGGAGCCAGUCUCUCAGGAUGGUAGCCUGGGCAGUCUGAUCGAUGAGACAGAGUCACUCUUCAAGACCAGAGACCAGGAGUACCAGGAAACCAUCGGGCUGAUCGAGCUGGAGUUGGCCACGGCGAAGAGUGACAUGAACCGGCACCUGCAGGAGUACAUGGAGAUCUGCAGCAUGAAGAGGGGGCUGGAUGUGCAGAUGGAGACCUGCAGGAGGAUGAUAAAGGGGGGCAGAAGCUCUCCGUCCUUCAGCUCAGUGGCUAGCAGUGACUCAGCAAACACCGACGAGAUCCAGGACGAGCUCGAGAAAGACGGGGACACAGAGGGUCCAAUCAGCUGAUGGCCACACCCCUCCCACUCCUCCCGCCCACCAGCCGACUCCCAGCAGAGCCCUGCUCACAUUACAGGGGCCACAGAGUUCACCCGCACACUGACCAGCAGCCCACUCCCACACCGCAACAACUGGUGCUCAACGUCCCCGGCGGUGGGUUUUACGACGGUUAUACAGGGAAAACCACAGAUGUCAGAGACAUGCUGUCUUCUUCUGCACUGUCAGAACCUAUCUCUGCAAUGCUCCUCACCAGCUUCAAGUAUCAGGAAAUAACAGUGUUUCGGCAUCAGCUUGGUCUGACCACUCUUUACCGCACCGAGUCCUUCCUCUUCAGGGGAUUCCCAAGGCUACCUAUUCACACUUGGGGCCCUUGACUGUUGUGGGGGAUUCAGGUGUGAUAAAAAAAGUGUAAAAGGUUAUUGCAUUCACAACAAAGCCCUGAGGAAUACCAGAAUUAGAGGUCAGGAUUUUAUCUGUAUAUUUACGUUUAUUUCUCAGAGGAGAAUGAUUCACAGGAUUACAGAUUGAGAGAAAGUGAAGGUCUGAAAUCAGCUAGACAUCAGAUCAAAGAGGGGGACACCUCAUGCCCCCACAACAGUGACCAGAAAAGUUCACUGCUUGUAAUAUCUUUCACCAAAAACUAACCCUCACAAUUUAUCCCCAGCAGGGCCCCCAUAACUCACAGCCCCCAGUUUGCUCUGCUCAGGUGUGACUACCUUACAGCUGCAAUGAUUUAUCGUGCAGUUAUCUUAUUGUGUUAGCAUGAUUUUUCUGAGUCAGAAUAGUAAAGUUCAUCCUUUGAUCACUGCUUCAGUCCCUUCUUUCCAGUGCAAGGGCAAUUAUAGUUUAUUUAUCUAAGAAACAGCAGAAGGAACAGUGUCCCCUGAGGCAAGUUAUCCCCAAGGGGCAGAACAGACAUGUUUGAGGAAAACAAAAUACAGGUAUUCAUAUUGUGGCUGUCCAUGCUGCACUCCAUUACCCACAGUUCUGAGGGAAACAGUACAAAACCAUGUGCCUCCUUAUUGAUAUGUGAAUGUAUAUGGACUGCCUUACUAAUUACGCCAUUUUGUGAUUGAAUGCUGCCUUAUUAUGCUGCAAAAAAACAUAGGCUUAAAUAUUUUUUUACAUUGGAUUUUGGUUUUAGUUUAUCAGUACAUUUAUCAGUAUAUUUAUGGCAAGUCUUUUAUAUUAUAUCAUUGUCAUAGUGAGUUUCUAAAUUUGCAGUGAUGUAUGUGUCCAGGUGAGGGCGCUAUGACACAAGUAACACACUAUUACUUUAGCUCUCUGCUUAGCCAGUUCAGUAUUUAUCUUACUUUUCUCAGACACAUUGUUAUAUGACCACCAUGAUGGUUUGGUUUGGUUUAGUUUAGUUAUAGUUCUAUAUAUAGUUCCUAGGUUAAAGCAUUAAUCAGUUACUCAGUCCAUGGACCUUCUCUUUCAGACCAGACAAAACCAACAUUGCCUUCUCUUACUACCUAGUGUUUCCUCGUGGUCAGAAAAACAGUCUGCUGUUCCCUCUCAUUGAUCUUUUUCCUGCUUUGAUCAACUCCAGAAGCUGUCGUAUAUAUAUGAGGUCUGUUGGCUGUUGUUCAAACCUCAGUGAUCUUUUCAAAUGUGUUGUGUGUAGGGUUACCAGUUUGUCUCCACCAUGUGACCUGCAGGAAUUUAAACUUGUACUUCAAUAGUUAUCCUCUAGGGGUCCCCAUAGGCACUACAACAGCACAGUCAAGUGACUAAUUGUACAAUUUAGUUUCUAAUUGAGACAUUUAUGAAAACAAUUAGUUGAUCUAAUAUGGGGAGAGUCAUUAAGGAAAGUGAACAUGGAUGGAAGUUGAAAUGCUAGGUGAAGCAUGUUGAUUACACAGUUAACUGAGGUCACCAGGUUUCUUGGGACUGAAUCGGUCGAUCUUAAAAACAAAAAAACUGCAGAAUCUGCCUCUCCAGGACCACGAUUGAAUUUCACUGCAGUAAAUAAGAAUGCAACCAUAUAAUGCAGGGGUGUCCAAAGAAAAAGGGCUGCUUUGGGUAUAGGUUGUGUUUUAGCCCAGCACCUAGACACCUGAUUCUAAAAUUCUUGUUUGAAGCCAGGAUUAGUUAAAUAUUUGUAAGUAUGUUAUAUUUUAUAUAUCUGCCGCAUGUCUACAGUAGUAAGUAAUCAAACUGAAUGUAAUACAUGAGUGUCGAUGGUAAACAUCGCUGUGACUAUGCUUAAUUAGUAGCAAUUACUCUAUCAACUUAGAUUAUUGAGGUGGUGCAGAUGGGAGAAUUGUUUGAGAAGGGGCUUGUGAAAGAGGCUAUCAGGGCCUCUAGCUGGACUGAAGUACCCUGUGAGAAAACAAGGGGAGACAAACUGGCCCUAGUCAUGUGUAAUUUAUGACCCAUAAUUGUUCAUGUCACAUAUCUGUGUUUUUAAAGAGUUGUUUUAAAUUCCAAACAUCUGUUUAUAUGAAUUACCCGGCUUUAUAGAGUUACAUUGUGGUGGGGAAAAUAUAGUGCCACAAGUGGGCCUUAUAUUAUACUUAUUUUCAAAAUGCAAUUUUGCUGUAUGUGAAAGGUUUUAAAUCUUUUCAUCCAAGGGGAGCUACUGGAGGGAACCAAUACAGUCUGUAAUCCAGUGGGAUAGUUAUUGCAUGAUCAAAUGAUUGAUAAACCUUUUAAUUUAAAUCAAAAUUGCAAUUCAGAUCAGACAAGAUGCGAUUGUUUCAAAAAUAAUAGUUAGUAAAAUGUGCACUGGAUAUGUGACAAUGGUAUUUUCACAUAUGGACAAAAUGAACUGGCCUGAAAAGGGAAUCACGGAUAGUCAAAAGGGUUUGAGAGAUGAAUAAUUUUCUCAGAGCUCUUGGUGACAAACAAAGAAAAGAAAAGAAGCCUAGAUCAGUCUCCCAAACAGCAGAUAUGAUCCUCCUGCUGUGGUUCUAAACAGAAACAGCCGUUACAUCUGAGGGUCGAGAGGGCAAGACCCCACAGAGCAUAAUGCCUCAUUAUCUCCUGUGUGUUUACACUGCAGCUCUGAAUGGGUCGUUCUCACAGCGUGACGUAAAAGGGUUUGUUUUCGGUUGGAUAAAUGUCUUAAGAGGUUUAUUGCACUCAUUGGAAUGAAACUCUUGCGGAAUGGCCAAGCAGCUAAUUGCUAACCUGGAAAUGACCAUUUGGUUGCAUCUGAAGCACUCAACUCUUGUAUUUAUCAGUAUUUCUUUGUCUGUUUGUUUAUUCUUCAGUGUUCGUAGAUUGUAGGGGACAGAGCAUCUCUAUUUCAGCUAAUUCCCCCACAUUUCACUAUUUGAGUAAGGUUCCCAUGCCAUUAGUGUCUGUGUUCAGUGUGAUAGUCUACCACUAGCCAGCAUUGCAGGGUAUUCGAUUAUCUGAAAAUAAUUUUUACUCAACUUUAUAAAUGUGAAAACCUCACACUCCUAAGUAUGUGGCCACUGUAAGCACAAAGGUCAAAUCAGCUGCAGAAAGGGCCUUAAAGGGCUGUCUCUAUAAUCCAUCAGAUUGAUAAGAGGGCUUCUUAUCCUUCAACAAAAUGAGGAACCUCAUUUGGAAUUACAGUGUACCAGACUUUUGUUUAUAUCCAUACAUGUUGUAGUUCCCUGGGCUUUUAACCUCCAUAAGCAGCUGCAAAUCUGAGUUGAAAAGUGUGAGGGUCAGCCGUCACACUCCCUGGCAAGCUGAGAGCUGUGUUAUAAUUCAACAGAUGCAUUUUACUUUAACAAGAAGGUUUUCCAAGUGAUGGUCAAAAUAUCUAUAAGGCGCUCAAUACAUAGCAAGUGAAAAGAAAACCACACUAUGGCGUAUUCUGCUAUUUCUGGAGAAAUGCUUCAGGUCUGGCCCAGCAGGGUUGCUCACUAGGAAGUUUUUUGGCACUCUAGAAACUGAAAAGGCAAAUAUAUUGGCAGAGUCCAGGUACACAGUGCAUUGCUCAAUCAGAUGGUUGAAUGGCUGACUGUUAGAAGGCUGCAGGCAAUAGAGUUCUCCAUGGUCAGGACUGAAUAGCUAUGAAGAUGCUUUGGGGCUCCAGGAUUAUGGAUGGGAACCUUGUUCUUUUGUUCAGUCUAUGUACAAAAAAUGUUAAUUAAAAUGCCAUUAUUGUUUAUCAGUUUGAUCUCAAAUUCAAAAUAGAACUCUUAACUUUAAUUGAGGUUGAUUUCUUCAGGAAGAAAUAAAUAUGUUUCAUGUGGGUCAAUUAUUGGCAUCCCUAGACAUAUCUUAUAAACAAUAUCUAAUGGUCUAAUCGUCUAUUGACUUUUUUAGGUUCUAAGACUUUAUGAAGUCUAAACUGGUCAUCCAUGACUUUGUCUUUCACUGCGAUGUAAAUAUGAGGUGGCACUUGCCAGGCUACCGUGACUGUGUGGAAGGUUUGCUGACCUUCAUAAAUCCGGCAAUGGCUAAAACAAAAUAGCUAAAUGCCUGAUCAUUUCUAUCUCCUCUAUUUUGGCAAUAAUACGUUUUAAAUAACUGGAGCUGUGAUGAUGUCUCAAAGCGGAUUCGGGUGUAUUUUGCCCUCGCACACAGUGAGGAAGAUCGUUCAAAGAAAGCUCUUCAAAGACAAUAGUUGGGGAAUUUCCGAAAUUGGAGAUUAGCCCCUGAGGUUUGUUAAACAUCAUUGUAACUUGGGUCUACAUCAAAUGACCACAAUGCAUUUUGGCCACAAAGACCAUUAGGUUUGUUUGGGAGAAGAGUGGUAGUCAUGUAGAAAAGAGCCUGGUUCGUGCUGUGUAGUAUUGUGGAUAAAUUAUGUUGUGGGGCUCAUUUUCUUUCGGAUACACUGGGAACCUUGUAUGAUACAUGGCAUUGUGGACUCCCUUAGUUACAGUUAUAUUUAUACUAAAAUCUGGCUGCCUGUGACAGGUGCUUAGAACUGUAUCAAGGAUGGCUCUUCCAGCAGAACAAUGAUCCAAAGCAUUCCUCCAAAUCCACAAAAAAUGGCUAACUGAGCACAGAAUCAGGCUUUUGCAAUGACCAUCCCAGUCCCCUGGCCUAAACCCCCUUGAAAACGUGGGGUGAGCUGGGGGUUCCUCAAGAAGGGAUUCCUGAAGUAAUGACUUAGGACUGGUGGGUUUGGAGAGAUUCUACAUGGAGGAAUGGUCUCAUGCCCUAUCCUAUGUGUUCUCAAACCCAAUCAAGUGCUAUCUUGGUAAAGGGAGGGUGCACAAAUUAGGGUGCCAAUAAUUAAGGUCUUUUAAUGAUGAUGAUGAUUCAUACUGUUGAGCAUAGAGCAUUCUUGUUCAUAUUAAUAGAAGAUGUAAGAAUUGUUAGCUUUUUUGCCUUGCUGUGUAUCCUGUUCUUUAAACAAAUGUAAAGAUUUUCUAUCAGAAGUGUCACCAUUACCAUUAGCCAUCACCAGGUAGCUCUAAAACUUGUGAAAAUAUAUACAGUAGAACCACAGAGAUCCUAAACUCAGAAAACCAGUAAAGAUUUUGUCACAUUGACAUGGCCAUACUGUCAUGCACAUAUGACAGUUAGCCUAUUGUUAAAUGCCAUUGAGGUUAUUGGUUUGUUAUGAAUAAACUGAACUGGAAUAAAUAUUCAAUCUUUUUAAAUUGGUGUGUUCUGAAACUGUCAAUGUUCUGGACCACCUUCAUUCCCGAUGUGUUUGGUUCUCUGAUGUUCUACUGUACAUGUUUAUUUUAGAGAGAAAGAGAGAGUAUUUGUGUGUCGGAGGGACAGAAUGAGUGUACCGUCAGCGCAUCAACUUCAAAUGCUGUCACAUCUAUGACUAUUUCAGUAUUGAACUAUUGAUGACACCACAGGAGGUGUCACUUACUUCUGCAGGUCGUAUCUGAAACAUUCUCUGGACGUUGUACUGUACCUCUCGCUAACCAAACGACUAGUCUCCCUGUGAAUAUGGCUACAGGAAGUGUCUCCCAGGCCUCUCUCCCUGUGCCCAUUAGCCUUCUACACAGUACAUGAUACAAGUGAAUGUAAUAUCCUCAUGUUUCUCUCAAGAUCUCACAAUGGGCUUUCAUCUAAAGCCAAGCAGAGCUGUGGUCUGGCUCAUCAGAGGCCUGCCAUGAAAUGACAUCACCUCUUUAGGGUGAAAAGGGGGCUUGAUUAGCUGCAUGUACAGUAUGCUAUCAUGUUCAGUUUUUGGUUACAUGAACAUCAUUUCCUUUGUUUUCUUGUUUGCCUUAAUGUACAUUAGCCUACCACAAUCGGUUUUCUUUUGUUUUGGAUCAUUGUUGUACCCAGUAUACUCUAUACACUGUACAGUUGUUUGUUCUCCAUUGUUUCGGAAAUCAAUGUAAAUGGUAGCAUUUGUUACUUUGAUUAUGGAGACAUUUUAUUUGAUAAUUACAACAACAAAAAAAUGUACAUGCUGUGAGACGAAAAUAAAAAUUUAAUAAAAUGUUGGUUAAUGGGUAA